UCUACCUAUGAGAGUGUGUUCUCUCACCCCGCGCUGAUGGCCGUGCCGUGGUACCUGGUAGCAGGAAAUCACGAUCACCGUGGCAACAUAUCAGCCCAGAUCGCUUACUCAAAUAGAUCUGAAAGAUGGAUCUACCCAGACCUCUAUUAUGAGCUGAACUUCAAAGUUCCUCACAGCAACACUUCCAUCAUGAUUCUGAUGAUUGACACGGUGGUUUUGUGUGGGAACACCUAUGACAGGCUUGAACCUGAAGGUCCAGAAGACUAUGCUGCCGCUAAGCAACAUCUGAAAUGGAUCGAGAAGAAACUACAAAACACCAAGUGA